CCCAGGGCAUCCCAACGACAAGGGGCCUUAUUGGCGACAGAAACGCCGUGCGAGGUGGCAGCUCGCUAAAUUCGCAGUUCGUGUUGCUGCUCGAGUUUCUCUGUUGUUGGGAGUAUGUCGAAGUGGAAAAAGCGGCAAGCAUGAAAAAAGGCACAGCAUCGAAGAAGAAUGCGCCAGAUUCGGAACUCGUCGUACUGUCCGACUCCGACGAUGAAGAAAACAGUGGCCCUCAAGGAAUUCCUGACGCGAGUUCGCUCUUUGAGGCUUUUCCUGGCGAAAGAGAGAC